UUGGCAACACUGCUACUUCGCCAAUUUAUCUGACUUAUUGUAGUCAGUCGUAUUUUAGAAUUAAAUUAAUUUCUGCUUUACAAAAUGUUAUCGCGAGCAGCUUUACGUGCAGUCGCUGCCCGCCAGUCCACGUCUACGGCGUUGGUGGCGCGGGGCUCCGCCACCGAGUCCGGUGUACGAGAUGAGAAGAAUUUCCCUCGCCCAGUGAGGGGGGAACCUGGCAAAGUCAGGCUUGGAUUUCUCCCUGAAGAAUGGUUCCAAUUUUUCCACUCAAAGACCGGUGUGACCGGCCCGUACACAUUUGGAGUUGGUCUCGCUACAUAUCUGUACAGUAAAGAGAUCUAUGUGCUGGAACAUGAGUACUACACCGGUCUGUCUCUAUUGGUGAUGGUCUACUUUGCUGCCAAGAAGUUUGGACCCAGCCUCGGUGCUUGGUUGGACAAGGAAGUUGAUACUAUAGAAAAGGAAUGGAACGCAGGCCGUCAGCAGACCGUCACAGAUCUGCAGGCUUUGAUUGAAGAGGAGAAGAAGGCCCAGUGGCGCGCUCAAGGCCAGGAGCUGCUGAUUGAAGCCAAGAAAGAAAAUAUUCUCUUACAACUGGAAGCAGCAUACAGAGAGCGUGCGAUUAACGCUUACAAUGAAGUCAAGCGUCGUCUUGACUAUCAGCUGGAAAAGUCAAACGUGGAGCGUCGCCUCUCGCAAAAGCACAUGGUUGAAUGGAUCGUCUCCAACGUGACCAAGGCCAUCACCCCCGACCAGGAGAAGCAGACCCUGGACCGCUGCAUCGCGGACCUGGGAGCGCUGGCUGCCAGGAAGUGAACACAUACGACAGCAACCAUUUAGUAAUUUAUAAUAAUGUAAUAUAAUGAUAUAA